AUGGCAAGCUCGGGACAAGAGUGGGAGGAAGUCGGCAAGGCAAAACGGGCAGCCCUCGCGGAACUACUUCCGGCCGAAUAUCGCCUCCCUCGGGACAAACUCCCCUCGGAAUCACAACACGAUCUCACAACUUGGCCACAAGAGUCGGGCUGGUUCUCUUCCAAGGAGUUGGACAUCACAAACAGUACUGCAUCACAGCUUGUGAAGCAGAUUGCAUCCAAGACAUGGACUUCGGAAGAGGUCACACGCGCCUUCUGCAAGCGCGCUGCAGCAGCUCAGCAAUUGACGAAUUGUCUGAGCGACAUCUUCUUUGAGGAAGCAAUCCAACAGGCCAAAUCUCUCGAUCACCAUCUUCAGCAGACGGGCCAGCCGGUGGGGCCCCUUCACGGGCUACCUAUCUCCCUCAAAGAUAAUUUCAACAUCAAGGGUAAAGACAGUACAGUAGGAUUUACCUCGCUCGUCAACAAGCCUGCAGAGUAUAAUGCCACCUUGGUUGAUACCCUGGAGAAGCUCGGAGCAGUACGCUAUUGCAAGACCAACGUGCCUACAGCCAUGAUGAUUGCAGAGAGCGUGAACAACACCUUUGGACGAACGUUAAAUCCACUGAACCGCAAGACAACUCCUGGCGGAUCUUCGGGUGGGGAAGCAGCCCUGAUAGCCUUCGGUGGCAGUCCAUUAGGCGUAGGAACUGAUAUUGGUGGUAGUUUGCGUAUCCCAGCAGCAUGCACUGGCAUUUUUACCCUUCGCCCAUCGUCAGGACGCUUCUCGACACAGCGGUGUAGAUCUGGUUUGGCCGGACAGGAAGCAAUACAGAGCGUCAAUGGUCCAAUGGCUAAGACACUCGACGACAUCAUAUUAUAUUCAAAGGCUAUUAUUGAUUCCCAACUAUGGAAAGUAGACCCAAAAUUACUUCCAAUACCAUGGCGACCGGUAGAGCCGCCAAAGAAGCUCAAAAUUGCGGUAUUGUGGAACGACGGCAUUUGUCGGCCAACUCCUCCAGUCACGCGAGCCUUGAAGGAAACUUCAGAGAAGCUGAAGAAUGCGGGCCACGAGAUAAUCGACUGGGAUCCCAAGCUUCAUGAAUCGGCAAUUUCGAUUUUAGCUCGUAUGUUUGUCGCAGAUGGCGGUAAAAGUGUGGAGACGCUGCUUGCUCCAACAAAGGAGCCAUUCCGGCCUGAGAUGCAACCUUAUGCAGAUGCCAAAGAGCUAGGCACGUACGACAUGUGGCAGCUGCACAUUGAAAAGUCCGAACUUCAACGCCAAUACCUAGAGCAAUGGAUGUCGCAUGGUCUUGACGCCAUCUUGGCACCUACGACACCUUACUCGACUGUGCCCCAUGGCCACUUCAAGUAUGUCGGGUAUACCGGAGUUUUCAACGUUGUAGACUACGCCGCAACAUCUUUCCCCAGUGGAGUCUUCGUCGACAAGAGCAAAGAUGCAUACGACCCUGAUGACAAGCCUCAGGGCGACAUCUGCCACAGCACUCGUGAAAGCUACGAUGCGGAAUUGUUGCAUGGACUUCCUGUCAAUCUACAGCUCAUUGCGCAAAGACUUGAAGAGGAGAAGGUGCUUGCAAUGACUGCUACAGUACUACAAGCAGUUGCAGCGUAG